AGUCGCGCGUUAACCCGGGCCCAGAGGCGGGCACGGCCCGGGGCCAGGGGCAGGCGCCGCCUCCGCCUCCGCUCCGGUCCCCGGAAGGCACGAUCGCCCACGAACCCGUGGCGGGCGGGGAUCGCUCCUCCCCGAGAGACGCCAGUCUCGUGGACUGAGGAAGAGCUGGCGGCAGGAGCCGGGAGGCAGCCGUGAGGGUGGCAGCACCGGUUCGCCUGAGAUGAAAGCUUGUGGGGGCGGACUCGGCCGCAGGAGCCCCGUGCCCGCUGUCCAGACGAGGCGGCCGCGGACCCCAGGGCACCGCGUGGGUCCUUCCGCCUAAGGACGCCGCGGGGACACCAUGGCGGCGCCGGCCAAGCCCGCGGAGCCGGCCCCCUGCCCCCAGGAGCCGCCGCGGGGGAAGCCGGCCCUCGGCUGGGGCUCCCUGCUCGGCCCCCGCAGUGAGAGGAUCCUCUUGGCCAAGAGCGCCGGCACCACCGAGGAGGGCGUGCUCACCGUCACCAUCACCGAGACCACAGUCAUCGAGGCCGACCUGGGCGUGUGGAGCUCGCGGGCGCUGCUCUACCUCACGCUCUGGUUCUUCCUCAGCUUCUGCACCCUCUUCCUCAACAAGUACAUCCUCUCGCUGCUGGAGGGCGAGCCCAGCAUGCUGGGCGCUGUGCAGAUGCUGUCCACCACGUGCAUCGGCUGCCUGAAGAUCUUCGUGCCCUGCUGCCUGCACCAGCACAAGGUCCGGCUCGCCUACCCGCCCAACUUCCUCAUGACCAUGCUGUUCGUGGGCCUCAUGAGGUUCGCCACGGUGGUGCUGGGCCUGGUCAGCCUCAAGAACGUGGCGGUGUCGUUCGCCGAGACGGUGAAGAGCUCCGCCCCCAUCUUCACCGUGAUCAUGUCCCGCAUGAUCCUGGGGGAGUACACGGGCCUGCUGGUCAACCUCUCCCUGGUCCCUGUCAUGGGAGGCCUGGCCCUGUGCACAGCCACCGAGAUGAGCUUCAACAUCCUGGGCUUCUCCGCCGCGCUGUCCACCAACAUCAUGGACUGUUUGCAGAACGUUUUCUCAAAGAAGCUGCUCAGCGGGGACAAGUACCGGUUCUCGGCGGCCGAGCUGCAGUUCUACACGAGUGCCGCUGCCGUGGCCAUGCUGGUUCCCGCCUGGGUCUUCUUCAUGGACCUGCCGGUGCUCGGGCGGAGCGGGAGGAGCUUCAGCUACACGCAGGACGUGCUGCUGCUGCUGCUGCUGGACGGCGUGCUGUUCCACCUGCAGAGCGUCACGGCCUACGCCCUCAUGGGCAGGAUCUCCCCCGUGACCUUCAGCGUCGCCAGCACCGUGAAGCACGCCCUGUCUGUCUGGCUCAGCAUUAUCGUUUUUGGCAACAAAAUCACCAGCCUGUCAGCCGUGGGCACCGUCCUGGUGAUGGCGGGCGUGCUGCUCUACAACAAGGCCCGGCAGCACCAGCGGGAGGCCAUGCAGAGCCUGGCCUCGGCCAGCUGGACGCCGGAGGACGGCACUGAGCCUCUGGUGCCCAAGGACCCCCGGCCGCACCACUGAGCGCCUGGGCCGAGGUGCACGACCGCCGUCAGCUGGGCAGGGAGGUGCGUGUGCGGCCGGUCCUGCCCCUUUCAGGGCUGCAGUCCAAACCAGCGGAAUAUGGGGACCCCCGACGUGGGCUCCCCGGGGCUGACCAGAGCCAGCUGCCGCUGAGCCAUCGCCAUGGAAUGUGAAAACUGCCCCAGCAGCCCCAGGCCAGACUCGGAGGGCUGGGACCCGCUGGCCUCUGCCUGGCCCUCACUGGGCACCCAGCUCUCCCUGCAGCAGGCCCGGCGAUUCCUCUGUGGGCGACACCCCCACAGAGGGGACCACUGUGAGCGCUCCCUGCUGGUGCUGAAGGAGAGAUCUCAGCCCACACCAGCCAGCAGAGGCCACCAUGCCCGGGGCCUGGGCACAGAGGCCAGGGAAGUCCAUGCCAUGGGGCCUGGCAGGGAGUGGGGAGGGGACACGGCAGGAAGGGGUCCCUGCGGCUCUGCCGGGAGCCGGGCUUGGGCAUCCCUCCGGGUGGACGGCGGGCAGGGAGGUGGGAAAGGGUGCGGUGUUGGCAGUGCUGGUCUGUGUGUGGAGCAGACGGUCGUUUUGUGAAAAGGAACCACGGGCACCAACGCUCUGUGCCCAGAGCUGACCAGGGACCACGCGUGUUUGUGUCUGAGUUGGGCUGCGACUCCCAACCUGUGGGGGACGCUCCGCUGCAGGCAGUCUUCGGCUCCUCUGCGCCUUCGACCAGCGUCGCUGAGCCCGGGCUGGGCAGAAGAGCCCUCCUGGUGAGAGGUCUGGCCCUGAGUUCUAGGACUGAAUUCCCCAGAAAAGGAACAGGAGGCCCUCACUCCCCGACCCGUCCCCCUCCUGCUGUUCAGGCCCCUGGUUCCCGCGGUUUCCAAUGGAAAUGGAACAGAGCCUCCCGGGAGGCCCGGCCUCUAGGAAACACAGCAAUAAUCACGUCGUGUGAAGUCCUGCCGACUUGAAGACGCCUGCCCUAAGAUGAAGCCACCGCGGCCUUUACACCGCUCGGCCGUUCUGCGGGCUGACCGCGUCCGAGGACAGGCCGGGCCCGCCUGCAGGCUCUGCCUCACCGGACGCCUCUGCGACCUCCCAGGGCUCUGUCCCCUCCUCCUCUGCUCCCCGAAAACCAGCCAAGGAGGGCUCCCCACCGGCGGCCUGGGUCUGUGAGGACCAGCCUGAAAGCACUGCUUCCCGGCUCCUGCCCCCUCAGAGGCCAGCCGGGCGGGACGGGCACAGAGAAGGGCUCCCCGCAGACCCUGUCAUCAGUAGACGUGGCCUCCCGCCCCAGGAUCGGCAGGGACUGACGGGCCCCGCCCUCCACUCUCCGGUGGCUUUCCGCCCAUCUUUAAUUUCUGGGUUUUGGACCACAAACAAAAUGAAGACUUUCUUAAAUUAUUCGUAAAUGAGGCAACUUCCUGCAAAGCUGCUUUGGAGACUCCUCUGGUCGGGGCUGUGGCCGGCGUGCCCUCACUCGGGGCUGGCAUUCCUUCCAUUCCUCCGUUCCCCGCCACAGUCUCGGUUCCGGGCGCUGCCGGGAGUCAGCCGCAGCCGCACUCGGCCUUUGGAGUGACUGCAGACGUGAUGUUUUUCACGAACUUGGUCUCCUUUUUAGUGUGUCCUCGCUGAACGGUCUCAGGUGUGCGCACCAGCGAUGACCUGGGAGUCGUGGCCCAUGGCCACGCCCGUGUCCGGUUGUCUGUGCCUGUGUAAACCCUGGAACCAGGCCCGCCCGUCGCUGGCUCACGCCCAGCCACACCGAGACGCGUCCAGAUCUUUGGCUUUCAAAGCGUCCACUACUGAACUGCAUAGAAAGCCUCGUGUUUUUAACGUCCAACAGUCAUCAUUCCUGCACAGCAGCGUGAGCGUUGUCUGCCUUAGGGAGCUGAGAACAUCCUUGCACAACCCGAAAUGUGUCUCUAAUUUGAGAAAAAAAUAAACACGAUGAACAGUAAACAGGAAAAAA